CUGACUUCCACCUCGCUCGUGUGCAACAUGGAAGCCGACAGGGUGGUACGGGAGGCAGCUGGAGACUCGCAAGGUGGGAGGUCCGGUGUAAGCUGCGCCGAUGAAGAACUAAACGUCUUGCAGGAACUGUCAGAGUUGCCGGUGGAGAUGGCGGGGAAGAGGCCGACAUGCUCCCGCUGCAGCCGCCCUCAGAAGGUUUGUCUUUGCCCAUUCCUACCAGUUCAUCCGCUGAAUGUCUCCACCUGUCUGUAUAUAGUUCAGCAUCCAGCAGAGGGGAGUCGAGUACUGCGAACUGUGCCUCUGCUAGCUGCCUGUCUUCCAGCUGACAAAUGCAAGGUCUUUGUUGGUCGACGUUUUAGUGAGGACAGGCAUCCUGAGCUUGCAGCUGUUUGCCAGAGUCUUAGUACAUUAAUCCUAUAUCCUGGACCUGAAGCAAAGAACCUAGAAGAACUUGAACUUGACUCAUCACUGUCACCAUAUAAUAUUAUUAUCAUCGAUGGAACAUGGAGCCAGGCCAAGGGAAUGUUUUAUGGAAAUUCCCUUUUCCGCUUCCCGAAACAAGUUCAACUCCAGACUAGUUUAUUAAGCCAAUACAUAAUUCGGACUCAGCCAACAAAUACUUGUCUCUCUACUUUGGAGUGUGCAGCUUUUGCGCUGUCAAUAGCAGAAAAGAAUCAUUGCAUUCGUGAGGUUAUUCUACGUCCUCUUCAAGCUUUGUGUUCAUUCCAGCUUCAGCAUGGAGCUCAGAUCCAUCACAGCAAAGAACAUCUGAUCAAGAAUGGAUUGUAUGCAAAAUCAAUGCCAAAGAAUAAACGUAAACUUAAUAGAAUGGAACGUUUAGUGAACAAUGUCAAAGUGUAGGGGCCAAGAAUAAUUUCAAGGAGGCUAUUAUUGUGAACAGAAAUUUUCUUGUGAAAUUUUCUAUGAAUCUUUCAUCUUCUAUCAUUGAAUCUUGAUUACAUGCAUGAAUGAGGUUCUUCCUAAAAUUGAAUUGACAAUAUGGCAGCAUAAUGACUGAGGUGCUAAGGAAAGUCACCCUUCUAAUAGUUUAGAGGGUUAAAGUUAUUUAUUCUUUAUUCUGUUUUCUGAGAUCUAGUUUGAAAUUCUACAGUUCAGUAAUGCAGUAAUGAAAAAUAUAUUUAAACAACAUAUUUGUGUUGGUCACACUUGGGAGUUUCUCUCUCUUUUGGACAAAAGUUAGAAAUUUUACCCAGGGUUAUCUCAGCCAAGAUUAACUGGUUUGCUGGAGCUUCUUUACCUGGACUUCUUCAGCCAGGAGGAGUUUAAGUUGAGUAGCUAAUUCAGUCACUUUAAUUGUCACCCAACAAAUGGCAAUACUGUACAGUUAUGUGUGAUCCCAACAUUUGCUUCUUGCCUGGAAAUUGCAGAGUUUACAGAGUAGCCCAGAGAUAAAUUGCCAGAGCAAGUUGUCUGGACCCGAACAGAUUUGGAGCCCAGAGUGUACUUUAAGCUCCUGCUUGUGCCUUAGCUUUCCUAUACAUCAAACCUGAUUCCUGGUAAUUGGGGUUGGCAAUGUUGGAUGGAGAGUCCUUUCUAAUCAGGGUAUAUCCCUAUCCAAAGUCUUGUUUACAUUUAUCACUGUUUUCUGGGAUAAAACUGGUAGAUUGCCACUUAAAUUGAAGAGGUUGGUCUAUUGGGGGCUUGCUGGGGAAGGUCAUGCCUAGUGCUUGGUUCUCAGCUAGACUUAAAUUUUCAUGUGACUGACCCUCUUCUGAAGGGGGCUAUUAAGAAACUGAACGAACUGUGGAUCCUGUAAAUCAGGAAUGAAAACAGAAGUUGCGGAAAAAGCUCCGUAGGUCUGGCAGCAUCUGUGAAGAAAAAUCAGAGUUAACAUUUCAGGUCCGGCGACCUUUCCUCAGAACCCUCAGUUAACUUCGAUUUUUUUCUUCAUGGAUGCUGCCAGACUUGCAGAACUUUUCCAGCAAUUUCUGUUUUUGUUAAGAAACUGACUGUGCUAUUGAUAAUAAACCUUUCUCUAGCUGCUGUGCAGGAUUAUAUUUCAAACCCUUCCGCUCAGCACUCUCUUCUGACAGAUACUGUCUCCAUGCCCAGGCAUUGUCACAGAUACCUUGGCAGGAUCCAGUGUGGGGCUUAUAUUUCCUCUCCCUGCCACUUAAGCCAGUUCAUUAGUACCAUGCAUUUUCAGAGUCCUGUAUUGUAAUGAAGGUGUUGUUGUAUCAUUUACAUUUCAAUUUUGCAGGAAGAAAAUCCUGGUGCAUUACUGUGUUGCUCAGUUCAGAUAUAAAGUUGAUAGUUCAGUAUUUGUCAACGGGAAUAGAAGAGAAGAGCAAUCAAAAUUAAACGUAAAGAUUGUGCAUUUAAAUUAGUAUGUCUGAUAGAGUUUCUUACUAAACCCUGCAUAUAACAGGGUGUCUUCUGGAAUAGCAUGUUGGAGUGAAACUGUGGUGCUUCAGUGGUUAGAAUGAUGUGAAGAGGAAAAUUGAAGAUAAGCUUCAUAUUUAUUUGUUUGCAUUGGGGGAAUUUUUUUUAGCUGAUCUGCAAUUGUUGGGGGAUCCAUUGGUCUACAACUAACACUAGUUGGAGGACAUGAAUCAGCUCCCUACAGUACUUACUGGGCCUUCAAUCAUGUAAGCUCCAAAGAUUAGAUUUUAGGAAUUGGAAAGAUAAAGAUCUGAUUAAAGAAUCUGCUCACUUUUACCACUGCCUCUACUACAUUGCUUUGCAUUUUAUUGUGUUAAACUCACCCUCGGCUGGAAUAAAGAAUCCAUUUCAAUUUUGUAGUCAAGCCUCUGCAGCUGAUAAAUAGUACACGAUGAAAGUGGACAUUAAUUAUAUGCAAAGCAUUAAAAGUGAUUUUACUAAGAAUGAAACAACUGUUGGGCUGGGUUUCCAGCUACAAUUUCCUGUACUGUCAACUGCUUAUAUCAAGCCUGCUACAAGCACUUCAAGUGAUUCUGAAUGGGAGGAAAACUAAAUGUUCAGUUGCCCAGGUCGCUUUUUGUUACUAUAAGUGCCAGAGCUGUCAUUGGUAGCAACCUGAGAACAAAUACGAAGCCCAUGUUGCUAACCAUAGGAAGUACAGUAUACGGACAUUUCGAGAGAAAUAUGGGAAAUAAAUGACAAACUCAUGGUGGCUGUGAAUUUAUUUAAUCGUAUCUGUGUAGAAAACUUUCUUAUUUGCUUUGUUUGAACAGAUUUUAAAAAAUAUUUGUGUUCUGUGAUGGACUGAUGAUUUAUAUUUUUUAAAAAAUGAAAGUAUCAGUUGCAGAAUUCCUUGCUAUCAACAUGACACCCAAUAAUGAAAGUGGAAGAUGUACCAUUUAAUUUUUAAUCUAUUUUUAAUAAAGAGCUGUUGGAGAGAAGCCUUUCUAAAUACAGUUUGGCUCUGUA